UCUGUAACGUUCGGUUGGAGCAUUGUCACUGAAAAGUGAUGUAAUGUAGCUAAAUUUCGUGUCGAAAAUGUCAUUUUCUUUGGCUUCCACCGGUUUUGAAGGCUUUACACAGAUAUUUAGUCUAUCAUUUUCCGCAUGGUUUCUACUUCUUGCUUCUUUUUUUAUCGCAUGCUUAGCACAUUUCUUACUCACGAGUUUCGUGAUGAUGCGCAAGUCUCAAAUUGCCAUAAAGAAUUUCGAAGGACCUCCAUCUCACUGGCUCAAAGGACAUACUCAUCGAGCAACCUUUGAUGGUAAUGGUUUGAAAUUCCAUGUAGAAUGUGCUACAAAAUAUAAGACAGCCUACCCACUGUGGUUUGGCCCCCUGCGAUCAGCACUUGUCCUUUGUCACCCAAACUCUAUCAAGACUGUCCUAUCCAGUCAUACCCCAAAGGAGGAAUUUGUGUACAGUCUAGUUGUACCGUUCACUGGAAACAGUCUCACCAUCGUGAAUGGAAAACAAUGGCAGCAAAUGAGGAAGCUUUUGACUCCAGCUUUUCAUGCAGAAAUCUUGAAGCAAUACACAAAAAUAUUCCAAGAGUCCACCAAAACCUUAUUGGAUAAAUGGUCUCAGAAUCCACUCAAAAUGGAAUGCUUUCGUGACAUAGGCUUAAUGGCUCUUGAUUCUACCCUGAAGUGCACCUUUAGUUUUCAUAGUAACUGUCAAACAAAUGUGACACAAGAUACAUUUACAAGAAGUGUCACUGAAAUUUCCAAAGCCCUCAUCAAAAGGCUAAUUACACCCAUGCUACACCCAGACUGGAUUUUCAGGUGGACAAAAGAUGGAAGAAGGUUUUACCGUAACUGUACUGCAGCUCAUCGUAAGGCUGAGGAAAUAAUACGAAACAGAAGGAAGGCUCUUCAGGAAAAUCACUUGCAGGAAGAGAGCUUCAGUGGAAAGAAGCAUCUGGAUAUGGUUGACAUUGUGCUUGCAGCGAAGGAUGAAGACGGAAAAAGCUUAUCCGAUGAAGCGAUACGAGCGGAGGUGGUGACAUUUUUCGCGGCAGGUCAAGAUACAGUGGCUGCUGCAAUUUCCUGGACACUGUACAACCUUACCUUAUACCCUGAGUGGCAAAGAAAAUGCCAGGAUGAAGUCAAAGAAGUUUACGGUGACAAAAACGAACUUGAAUGGGAUGACCUAUCUCAGCUCAAAUACGUAACCCUUGUUAUCAAGGAGAGCAUGAGGCUGUAUCCACCCUUCCCAAUGUUCAGUCGCACCUUGGACAAGUCAUAUGAGAUCGCUGGAAAACUAGUACCACAAGGAACUUGGAUUAUGAUCAACGCAUAUGCUUUACAUCACAACCCACAUGUGUGGGAAGAUCCGGAGUCAUUUGAUCCACUGCGAUUCACUGUUGAAAACAAAGAGGAGCGAUCACCGUAUGCGUACAUACCAUUUUCUGCUGGACCAAGGAACUGCAUUGGAAUGAAUUUUGCAAUGGCUGAGAUGAAAGUAGCCGUCGCGAUGAUUCUUCGAAGGUUUCAUCUGUCCAUAAACGAAGAAAACCUGGUUACAUCCAAAGACCUUUUCCCAGAGCUUAUGCUGCGCACAAAGAAUGGAAUUCGUCUGAAUUUAACUCAACGUAUUUACACAUAACAAGGGGAUUCUGCUACUGUGAACAGCACGACGCAGUUAAUUUUGUAGAUGUCUAGCUAAUAUCGCACAGUCAGUUUACUCCAGGCUCUCACUUAAUUAAUGGGGUGCGACACAAGAGAGAGAUUUUGAACGUAAAGGCGAAUCAAUCCAUCUCGUUUUUCGCCUUGAGCCACCAUCGCGCUCCAUGUACGCCUGGAACAGUGGGGGCGUGGCCAGGAUUUUAGAAAAAAAAGGGGGGGUGGUGUCACACUGUGUCAAACAGAGGGUAUUUACCAGUUUUCGCCUUCAGGUUGUAGGUUAUUUUCUUUGAAAUGGCUUAAAAAGGGGGGGGGGGGGUUCACGGGCACCUCAGACCCUCCUUCCCCUCAGUUACGCCCUUGAACAGUCUAGUAAAGCUUCGAUUGGUCGCAUGUUGAUUUUCAAUUGUUUUUGGCGGGAUUGGUCGCGAGGUGAAUCACUCGUUUGACAUUAAUCACGGCCCUAUUCAAAACUUUUUCUCGUCUAAUAGGAUAAUAAUAGGAUAAUAAGAGGUACUACCGCCUCGAGAUUUGCUACUUAAUACAAAUAACUUUUGAUGAACAACGAAAACCUUGGUGAGGAUUGUUUUGUUAAUUAACGAAGAUGCCGUUUUUGAACACAAGUCACUGAAAAUAACAGAGUUCUGAUUAGCCACACUAGAAGUGAUGUAUUUAAUGAUUUUCAUACUCGAUUUUGUGCUUUUUUUGUUACAAAAUUUGUUACAUAUUUAUGUUUAACUGUAUUUAUUAUUGUAAUUAAAUAACAAACUAUUUUCUCGUUCC